AUGUCUCAAGAAAGUGGCAGCUUGUAUGCCCAGGGCCAGUUCAUGAACCCUGGCCCAGCUCCGAAGCCUCCCACCGACCGGCCUCGACUGAACCUCACCCCAAGUACCAACCUCCCCGGCAGCAUGGCAAACAUGGCCAUCUCGCCCAUACGAAGCACAGCCACCUCUACCUACACCGGGUCUACCGUGUCUCUGCCCAUCGCUCGCCAGCAGACCAACAAUACUGAUGGCAGCGGAGGCGUCGCCAUCAUGAAGGAGGGCUAUGCCUCGGUCAAGGAGAGCAAGAGCUUCAUCCAGACCUACAAGACAAAGUACCUGGUUCUGCGAAAAGAGUCGCUCGAUUUUCACAAGAACGAAGGCGGCAAGAUCUCUUACACCCUCUACCUCAAGGAUGUCGUCAACGUCGGCCGAGUCGAAGCCCCCGGCACCAUUUUCGAGAUCAAACGUAGGUUGGAUGGCAGCUCCACUAGCCCUGGCGACGACGAUGGCCAGACCAAGACCCUUCAGCUACGCGUAAAGGGAGACGAUGAUCUGUACGACUGGAUAGAUCUCAUUUACGGCGCAUGCCCCGGAAUGGGUGGCGUAAGCAACCCAACCAACUUUGCCCACGCCGUACACGUCGGCUUCGAUGCCUCCACCGGCGAAUUUACUGGCCUACCACCUGAGUGGUCUCGUCUCCUCAACUCGUCGGCUAUCACCAAGGAGGACUACGAGCGCAACCCCCAGGCUGUGUUCGAGGCGCUCGACUUCUACACGGACCUCACCAAGCGUCAGGACAACCCGAACCAGUACCCCACAACCCCUCAGUCUCCGGCUGGUGGUCAGCCCUACAAGCAGAUGCCGGGAGCCUACGGUGGUAAUGGUGUUGCGCCCCCUCGCCCGAUGCCGCCUGCCAGCUCCCAGCAGCGGAACCCUAGCUACGGAAAUUCCAGCCCGCAGUCCAGCCCCGGCUCCCAGCGACAACCCGCCCAGCCCCAGCAGCAGCAGCAGCAGCAACGGCAGCAGAUGCAGGCCAUGUCUCCCAACUAUGUGUCUCAGGACGUGAGGGAUGACCAGCGCAAGAAGCAGUUGGAGGCCCAGAAGCAGAGGGAGGCCGAGGAGCAGGAGCGCCGCGAGCUUGAGGCUUACAACGCAUCGCUGCCCAAGACAAAGGUACCGCUGGCUAAGCAGGAGGUUGGUGGUGGCGGCUACGGGGCUAAUGGGGGCCAGUCCCAAACCGACCGCUUCAACCCGUCCCGAGCGGCCCCUCCGGCUCCCAAGCCGGGCAACCAGCAGCAGUCCCAGCAGCUUCGCGCCCAGCGACCUGCCCCGCCGCCUCCUUCAGCCGGCGGCGCCCCGCAGCGCCCCCCGAUGCAGACGCAGAAUUCGUCAUCUCCGACGCGUCAACCGCAGCCUAGCGCGCCCCGUCAGAACGGCCAGGGCGGACCCCAGUACAAGCCUUCCCAGCCACAGACCCAGGCCGCCCAGAGGGUGCCGGCCGCCGCGCCCAAGCCCCUCAAUGUGGCGCCCAAGCCGUCGCAGCAGAAGGAGCAGUCGGCCGACGGCGUCAAGGCCGCCGAGGCUAUGCUCACAUCCAAGCCUCCGGCCAACGAGCGCAAGCAGGACGUCCGCAUGUCGACCAUGUCGGAGGGCGAGGUCAUGGCCAAGCUCAAGGAGGCUGUCUCCAAGGAGGAUCCCAACCUGUCGUACUCGAAGCAGAAGAAGAUUGGUCAGGGUGCCUCGGGAUCCGUCUAUGUGGCCAAGGUCAAGGAGACGGCACAGGGUAUGGCCCGCGAGCUCCUACGCCAGCAGGGUAGCCGGGCCCAGGUUGCCAUUAAGCAGAUGGACCUCGCUCACCAGCCCCGCAAGGAGCUCAUCGUCAACGAGAUCAUGGUCAUGAAGGACAGCAAGCACAAGAACAUUGUCAACUACCUUGACGCCUUCCUGCGUAACAAUUACUCCGAGCUGUGGCUAGUCCUGGAGUAUAUGGAGGGUGGCCCUCUGACUGACGUCAUUGACAACAAUGCGUCCAUCUCAGAGGAGCAGAUUUCCACCAUCUGCUCGGAGGCGCAUAUAUAG